UGACAUUAAAACUUGAUAUCAUUCAUUGAAUACCGAUUACCGAAUAGCGUACACCAUAACAAGAAGAAGAAUUUCCGACUCAGACCUGCAAAAGGUUGCAGGAGUUAAAAAAUAAGAAAAUUAAGAAGGAAAUACAAAUAUAAUCAUGCAGGACGAUGAGGCCGAACAUCUAAAGAAUCAAUUGACAUUGGCACGCAAUGAAAUUAAUAAAUUAAGACAACAAGUUCGCAGCUUGCAACAUAAACAAAAGAAGGACAUCGAUGACAUUGCACGACUUUUGAGGAACUACCGCUGUGAAGGAUGCCGCCAACGGGAAAACAAUCAUAACAGCAAUGAUGAAUGCAUCUUAACGACCAACAAUGAUGCGUCGACCUUGACCAUCACAACAGAUGUAAAAUGUUCUCCAACAACAAAAACCGAACAGCAAUACCCCCAAACCAAGGAAAUAUUUCGUCCCAUUGGUUUGAUACGUACAUGCUUUCCCGAGAAACGUGCUGUGCCGCGACAGUCCAGUGUUGGUGGCCGCUUACGCGGUUUAAUUGAAUUGAAUGCCGAUGUAUUUACAAAUCCGGAACAUGCAUUGGACGGUCUGGAGGAAUAUUCGCAUCUAUGGAUUAUUUAUCAUUUCCAUAAGAAUAAUUCUCAUCCAAAAGCAAAAGUUGCUCCGCCUCGUUUGGGCGGUGAAAGAGUUGGUGUUUUUGCUACACGUUCCCCGCAUCGUCCCUGUCCCAUUGGCUUAUCGUUGGUGGAGAUUGAGAGAGUAGAAGCCGCUUCUAUUAGCUUCUUUGGUACCGAUAUGGUUGAUGGUACACCUGUAUUGGAUAUAAAACCGUACAUACCAUUUUAUGAUUCUCCCAUCACGGAUAGCGGUCGCAUUUCUACCGGUCCAGGUGAACCAACAACAUCAGAUUUUUAUAAUUUUCGCCAAGAACCAGAUGGCGAAGAAUCGGAAAUGGAAAUGAUGGGGGCUGCAUCAUUGGCCCAGACACCGGUAAAUUUUAGCAAUCAUUACACCCCACCCCCGCAAGCAGUUAAAGUACCCUCAUGGGUGACAGCAGCACAUCGUUUAAUUGUUACAUUCAACGACAGGGCCGAGGCUCAGUUGCAAUCUCUGCGUAUACAAAAGCAAUGUAUAAUUGACAUCCUGGAGGCUGAUCCACGUUCCGUAUAUUUGCGUACAAAAUACAAUUCACAAAUUUUCACAUUCCAAUUGAGUGAAGUCACGGUGACGUGCAAAUUUGAUGAUAAAAAUUCAACAGUUACCGUAUUACAAAUACGGCCAACAGAACAUUUACAGGAUGUUAAUAAUGAUAUCACAACAAAUAAUGCACACGGCAUUGCCUAUAAUGGAGUGGAAGGAGUUGACAACGAGUAGGGCUAGGAGUUAUAGUGAGUAUUUUUUUUGGAGUCAAACAUGGAUAGAUAACAAAAACAUAGAGUUAAUGCUUUAUAAUGUUCAUAAAAAAGGAAAUUGUUUUAGAAUAUUUCAGCUGCAAGGAUAUGACAAAGUCAUAUACAACACUGAACUCUUGUUGGAAAACAAAUGCUUAAUAUAUAUAUUUUAUCAACAAAAAUUCUAAAUAAGAUGAUACUUUAUAAUAAUUUAGUUUUAUUUAUGCAUUUAUUUUUCUAUAUGUACAAAAAAACAUUAACAAUGACUAUAUGUAUUCAUACAUAAAUUAAACGAUUAUUUUUACCCGUUAUGUUGCAAUAUUCUGCUCAUUUAAUUGGUUUAAAAAGCAAAGCUAUAUAAACAUAGAAUAAAUAUGAGUUGAAUUAUUCAUAUAUACAUACAAA